UCUUAUUACCAGAAGACUUUCAACCAUCACACGAAACGUUUUUGACUUACCACUUCUAACUUCAACAAAAAAAAUGCACGUUGAAAUUGUUUGCACAUUUCUUCUAACAUUUUUUCUUGUCGUUCACGCUCAAAUGAGUGAAGCAAACAAGAAUGAAGAAUCUGACGCGCGCAUAUUUCUUAGUACGUUCACCGUUAUCCUUUCCACCGUAACAUCUACUACAACAAUAGGAACAACUACCACUUGCACAACUUCUUCUUCUGCUAUGGCGGCAUGUUCAGUUGGAGGAAGACGUCGUCGUGGUAUCUUAAUAUCCGAGAAAGAUAAGCAAGCUAGUGCUCGCAAAGGCCUUUUCUAUAACGAAGAUGAGAGCGAGUUAAAUGACGGCAGUAUCUCCAUGCCCGUUAUCCAGGUCAAGAGGUCCGUGGAAACAUCAGAGAAAACUACAAGUUCUUCACUGAUCACCGUUGACAAUACCAACCUUAUACCCCUAACCAUUCAGUCAGGAUUUAGUCUUCCAGGUGAGUUCUCUAACGGUACUCCUCGUUUCAAGUUGGCUUACGGUACUUCAACUAUCAUCACUACCGCAACAUCGACUGCAACUCGCUCCUUAUUUAUUUUCUGCAACAGCAUAACUAAUUACGGGACUUGUUCCGGAUCUGGUUAAGCGUUACUAAGAGAAAGAAGAUUAUUCUAAAUCUGGCCGAAAUUUUAAACGUUCUAUAUUUACGACUCAUUGCUGUGGCGGUUUCUAAAUGACAACUUCUA